GUGCCUCUUGAGAGCUGGCUGGAUGGCAUCCACAGAAAUCUUCAUCUUAGCAUUUGGAGUUCUAGAUCACACCAAGGUCACCAUGAAGUCACUCAGUGAAGCAAACACCCAGUUUGCUUUAGAUAUGUUCCGACAGUUUGGAAAAUCAAAGGAGGACAACAUCUUCUAUUCCCCUUUAAGCAUCACAUCAGCAUUUGGGAUGCUUCUAUUAGGGUGCAGAGAAAACACUGCCCUACAAAUUGAGAAGGUCCUUCACUUUAAUGAAGUCACAGAGAACACAAAAGAAAGAACUACGGCGUAUCAUGUGAGUCACUACAGUUCAGAAAUAGCUUUGGAUAUCUCCGUGGGAAAAAUCAAAGAUCUAUUUCCUCACAACACUCUUAAAUCCACCACCAUACUGGUUCUUGUGAACGCAGUCUAUUUCAAAGGGCAGUGGAAGGAGAAAUUUAAUAAAGAAGAUACUAAAGAGGGCAAAUUUUGGCUGAACAAGGACACAAGCAAAUCUGUACAGAUGAUGAAUCAAAGAAAAUUCUUGAAUUUUGCCUUGCUGGAGGAUGUGCAGGCCAGAGUUCUGGAAAUACCGUACAAAGGUGAAGACCUAAGCAUGAUUGUGCUGCUGCCAAAUGAAAUAGACGGUCUGCAGAAGGUAAAACCUUACAUCCACAAUCCUUCCAUUGCCCAAUUUUCUUCCUCAGGUACCAAGUCUAAAUAA